AUGAAGCCCUUUGAGAAAAGCUGUUUGUUUCUGCUGCUGCCUGUCGUGUUAAGAGUUGUGUGCUCCUCCUUUAUCAGUGUGAACCUUGGGGUGAAAGUGAUGAAGGGACAGUCUGUCUUCCUGUCAGAAGAGGACCUCAAGUUUUCCAUCCCCAAAGAGAAGGAUGUCUGCAAAGUAGAAGUGGUGAUUAAUGAGCCAAUAACACAGAGGGUUGGGAAACUUACUCCACAGGUUUUUGACUGUCACUUCCUUCCUAAUGAAGUCAAAUAUACCCACAAUGGAUGUCCAAUUUUAGAUGAAGACAUGGUCAUGCUUCGGCUGUACAGGUUUACAGAAACAGAAACGUUUGUGGAAACAUUCACCCUUCAUGUGCAGCUACUUGAGCCAGACUGUAACAUCAUAAAAAUGCGCUCCCAUGCUUUGGAGGUGCCUGAAUACUAUGGUCUGUCUAGGGUGAUUGACAAGAACUUCCUCACCUUUGAUUAUGACAGGAAGAUAAACCUGGAUUGCACCAUUUCCAUAAUCUCUUCGGAAACUCACCUGCCUGCUCACGGCCAGCUUAUCACCAGGAAAGUGCAGCAAGAGCAGUUUCGUGGAGAUCAGCCAUGGAGCUUCUUCCCUGGCAUGAAGCACAGCCUGGGCCAAAAGUGCAGAAAUGGGAGCUGUACACUGGGAUUAGAAGUUAUUAGCAACAAAAAGAUGAGCUGUGAAGAAUUUCUGAGGAUGGGCAUUCAGUAUCAACACCUUGACCCCCCCUCACCUGACAUUGACUAUAUUCCUGUGAGGUUGGAUCUCUCAGACAGCAGAAGCAAAACUCUGCACAAGACGGAGUAUGCAUGGCUCCCUGUUCGGAUUAGAGGUGCUGUUCCCAACCAAAUACCCAAAGCUGCUCCAAUGGCAAAGCUCGUCCUGGAAGUAGAUCAAUUUAUUUUAACCCCUAUUACAACCACAACCGUUGAUGCUGAAGACAGUGAAACUCCAAAGUCUCUGCUUAUAUUCAACAUUACCAAGCCACCUCCACAGGGCUUUAUCACUCACCUCUCCGACCACACAAAAACUGUUGGCUCCUUCACGUGGAAGGAUCUCAGUGACAUGCUCAUUGCUUAUCAGCCUCCAAAUAACAGCCACACAGACAGGAGGAAUUAUGAGGUGGAGUUUGAGGUGCAUGACUUCUACUUCAAAAGGAGUUUUCCAAUCACUGUGCGUCUUUCCGUCAGAACAACGGAUACAAAUGCCCCGAGGGUUUCAUGGAACACAGGCCUCAACCUCCUGGAAGGGCAGUCCCGACCCAUCACUUGGCAACACUUCCAAAUUGUAGACAACGAUGACAUCCAAAAUGUUCGCUUGGUCACAGUUGAUGGAUUACAGCACGGGCGGCUGUCAGUGAGAGGAGGGAAAGGAUUCAUGUUCACUGUCUCUGACAUUCAGGCUGGAGUUGUUUGCUACCAUCAUGAUGACAGUGAUUCUACUAAGGACUUUGUGGUAUUUAGAAUUUUUGAUGGCUCCCACAGUAUUCGCCAUAAGUUUCCAAUAAAUAUCCUCCCUAAAGAUGAUAGCCCUCCGUUUCUGAUCAGCAAUGUGGUCAUUGAAGUUCAUGAGGGACAGACAAUCCUGAUUCAAGGCUCCAUGCUUCGUGCUUCAGACCUGGAUUCCAGUGAUGACUACAUACUAUUCAACAUUACCAAGCCUUCACAGGCUGGAGAAAUCAUGAAGAAACCAGGACCAAACCUGAUAGGGUAUUCUGUCAACAAUUUUCUUCAGAGGGAUCUAUUUAAUGGAAUGAUUUAUUAUCAUCAUUUGGGAGGAGAAGUAUUUGAAGAUUCCCUUGAGUUUGUGCUAUGUGAUAGCCAUGACCCUCCAAAUCUCUCAGAGGCACAGGUGAUGAUGGUUCACAUUGUCCCUGUGGAUGAUCAGCUACCCAGAGAAGCUCCAGGAGUGACCCGUCACCUGGUUGUUCAGGAGACUGAGAUUUCUCACCUAACUAAGAAACAUCUCCACUUCCUAGAUGUGGAAGAGCAAGACAGGGAGCUCACAUACACCAUAACCACUUCCCCAUUUUUCUCUUGCUCCCGUGGCUACUCAGAUGCUGGGAAACUGUUUAUGGUGGACACCAUCCCUAAACUGGUCAAGGAUCCUGCUGCUCUUCCACUGCGGUCAUUCACUCAGCAUGCUGUGAACUAUAUGAAAGUUGCUUACAUGCCACCCCUGCAGGACAUUGGACCUGAACCCCUGCAAGUCCAGUUUAUUUUUUCUGUCAGCAAUCAGCAUGGAGGCACUUUGUAUGGGAUCUGCUUCAAUAUUACAAUUCUUCCUGUGGACAACCAAGCCCCACAGGUUUUUACAAACCAUUUGAGAGUGGAAGAGGGUGGCAUGACCCCUAUUACAGAGGGACACAUUCUCAUCUCUGACACAGACACGAAACAAGAGCAUCUCUUCCUGCUCCUGCAGAGGCAGCCGCAGCAUGGGGUAGUGGAGCUGGGUGACAUUCCCCUGCACGGAGGUGACAGGCUUUCCUGUGAGGACCUGCGCACCCUGGCAGUCAGAUAUCGUCAUGACGGCUCUGAGACUCUCACUGAUGAUGUUUUCUUUGCAGCCACAGAUGGCAUCCAUUCUGUAGAGUUCAUCCUGCAGGUCAAGGUGCUGCCUGUGAAUGACGAGCUACCUGUUAUGCAAACAGGCCUUGUUCCCGUGCUCCAGUGCCUGGAGGGUGAAGAAGUAGUUCUCUCCUCGGAGUACCUUCGUGCCACAGACGCGGACAGCGAGGACACGGAGCUGAUGUUCCUGCUGGCCCGCCAGCCGUGCCACGGGGCAGUGAGGAGAGCUGGCAUUGCCGUGCAGCGCUUCUCCCAAGCUGAUGUCCUUGCUGGCUUAGUCACAUACAAGCACACUGGUGGUGAGAUUGGCCUGACUCCUUCCAUUGAGGUCUUAACCUUGAUUGUCUCUGAUGGUGAGGCUGGCCUAGAUGUGAGGGACUGCUGUUAUGAUGGACCUCUUCCUCCUCCAGUUUCACGUGAUGAUCCAUUCCCUGUCUAUGACCUUAACAUCACUGUACUCCCAGUGGACAACCAGCCUCCAUCCAUUGCAACUGGUGCAAGCUUUGUGGUGGAGGAGGGCUCCUCAGCAGCCCUUACUACCAAUCAUUUGUUUGCCACUGACCCUGACACCGCUGCAGAUGACUUAGAGUUUGUGUUGGUUUCUCCUCCCCACUUUGGUUACAUUGAAAAUGUACUGCCUUCUCCUGGGUUUGAGAAGAGCAACAUUGGAAUAAGUGUAGGUUCAUUUCAGCUGAAGCACCUGAAAGCCAUGAAUAUAAACUAUGUUCAAGCCAGGCACUUGCAAAUGGAGCCAACAGAAGACAAGUUUGUACUUUAUGUCACUGAUGGGUUGCAUCGCUCAGCAGAGACUCCAUUUUUUGUGAUAAUCAGCCCAACCAAUGAUGAAGUUCCAGAAUUCAUAGCCACGAAUAUUACCGUUCAAGAAGGGGAGAUGAAGGAGCUGGAUCUGUCUGUUAUCAAUGCAGUUGAUCUGGAUGUGCCUCAAGACCCUCUGGUGUUUGAGGUUGUGCAGAGGCCCUCGUAUGGGUUCCUUGUCAAUGGUGUUCAUGGCAGUGAUGUUCUACAUUAUAAACAGUUAAUUAACCAUGAUCACCACGGCCAUGGGUUGCUUGUUCAUGACUUUUCCAUGGAGCUACUGAGGAGUGGAAUGAAGCUGAUGUACAUGCAUGAUGACUCUGAAAACUUCACUGACAGCUUUAAAAUUCAGCUAUCAGAUGGAAAACAUAAACUUCUCAGAACCAUUUCAGUGAAGGUCAUUCCAGUUAAUGAUGAGAAACCAGUGCUGAGCAAGAAGAACAAUAUAGAGGUGAACAUAGGUGAAACUCAAAUCAUUUCUAGUGCUGUACUGUCAGCAGAAGAUAAAGAUACCCCCAGGGAGAGAAUUUACUACUUAUUUGAAAGACUUCCAGAAAAUGGUCAGCUUCAGCUCAAGGUAGAACAAGGGUGGGUGACUCUCCGAACUGGAAUGAAGUGCACCCAGGAAGAGCUGGAUAUGAACCUUUUGAGAUAUGUCCACACAGGAACUGUGGGGUCCAAGAAAAAAGACAGCUUCACAUUUUACCUCUGGGAUGGGCAUAACAGAUCCCCAGCUGUGGACUUCUACAUAAAUAUCAAGGACUUGGAAAAGGGAGACAUUGCUAUUUUUAUGAGACCCCUUAGAGUGGCAAAAGGAGAUCGCAGCUACAUUACAACUGAUGUCCUCCUCGCACUGGAUGGUACUGACAAGCCAGAGGAGCUGCUUUAUGUGAUUACCUCCCCACCCCAGUAUGGGCAAAUAGAGUAUGUCAGCUAUCCUGGCAUCCCCAUUGCAAGCUUCAGUCAAAUGGAUGUAGCACGACAGAUUGUCUGCUACGUUCACAAAGCCAAGGCAGUUGUUCGUGAAGAUACAUUCAGAUUCAUCAUCAGCAAUGGACUGAGGACUAAGCAUGGGACAUUCAAGAUCUUCUUGGAGGCAGCUGACCAGGCUUUGCCCACUCUAUCUAGGAACAUGGGGUUAAGAAUAAUGGAAGGAGCUAUGGCACUUCUUACUCCUGAUAUACUGCAGCUUUCAGACCCAGAUACUGCCAAAGAAAACCUUACCUUCCUCUUGGCUCAGCUCCCCCAGUAUGGUCAUCUCUAUUACCAUGGGGCUGUGCUACUGCAGUACAAUUUCACACAGCAAGAUGUGGACAACAGGGAUGUUGCCUACAAGCACCGAGGUGGGAAUUCCCAGAUUGACAGAUUUACAUUCAUUGCCACAGACAGGACUAACCAAGGCUUCAUCGUGAAUGGGAGGGUGCAGAGCAAGCCAGUGGCAUUCACCAUCCAGGUGGAUCCAUUGGACAAAACGGCACCCAAAAUUAUUCAUCUCCAUUGCAUUUCUAAUGUGGAAGUCCUGAAGAAUGGCAAUUAUGGGAUCUAUAUUACUGCCAGGUCCCUGAGGGCAUCUGACCCCAAUACAGAUGACGACAAAAUAAUUUUUAAGAUUUUGCGAGGUCCUCAUUAUGGCUACCUGGAAAACAUAACAACAGGUGGAUUCAUUCAGGAAGGAUUUAGCCAAAAGGAUUUAAACAGCAAAAUCAUACUUUAUGUCAUCAACCAGUCACACGAAGUGAAUUCAGACAGCUUGGAGUUCCAAGUGACAGAUGCCAGUGGAAACUCUGCAGCACCCCAAAGGCUGGAGCUGCGCUGGGCUCGAAUUGAAAUGCUACAGACUGAAUAUGAGGUGUGUGAAAACAUGGGAGUGGUGUCUCUGAAAAUCACCAGGGCAGGACACUCAGGAGAGUCUGCCUUUGUAACUGUGAAGGUCAAUGAAAUAUCUGCUAGACUGGGAAAGGACUUCACGGUGACUCCCUCCAAGCUUGUUCAAUUUGAUCCAGGAGUGUCAACCAAGAUGUGGAAUAUAGCAAUUACCUAUGACGGAUUAGAGGAAGAUGAUGAAGUCUUUGAAGUAAUUCUGAGCUCCCCUGUGAAUGCUGUUCUUGGCGCACAGACAAAAGCUGUAGUGAAAAUUUUGGACUCAAAAGCAGGUCAAUGCAGCUAUUCCCGGUCUUCUGGCCAAAGCAAGCAUGACUUCAGGGGGAGAAGCACGCUGUUUCCAGUUUCCUUGGGCUCCUCAUCACCUUCCAGGCCUGGCAAUGUCUCCUUGGAAGGGAUCCCACUGCCUCCUUCCAAAAGGACGAGAGAGCACGGAGAGGACAUGCGGCAGGAGCACAGCUUGUGGAAUCGGCCAAGGACCAGGCUGAGAGUAACUGGAAAUGGCAGAACAGUUCAUCCUUCAUCUGUAUUUCGAAACGAAACAGAUGUGAUUUUCAAAUAUCACGGGAUUGUAUCACUCAAAAUAGAGGACGACACCUCAGCUGAAACCAACAAGAAGACGCAACCACAGAUAAACGUCAUCUCCUCCAGGAAAAUAGAAAUCCCACAGGCUGAUAAGGCAGAACUUGCAGCUGAACCAGGAUCAAGACGUAAGGACUUCUACUCUUUUCAAAAGGCUUGCACACCAGAUUUAAAGGGCCUCUUGCAUUAUGAAGAAAGCACACAGAAGUUAUUUCAGUGUGAUGGGAUAACAUGGAAAUUCUGGAAUUCCCAAAGCAAGGAGAUAACUAUGAAGAAAUGUCCCUCUGGAUGGACUUUUCAUGAGGGCAGCUGCUACUUCCUGGUAAUGAAUCACAAGGUCACCUGGAACACUGCUGCUCAGGCUUGCAGAGAACAGUACCUGGGGAGUUUAACAAGUGUGGCUAAUGAACAACACAUGCAGUGGUUGUGGGACUUCAGUGGGAGGAUGCCCUUUUGGAUAGGUUUGAAUGACCAAAUCAAUCCUGGACAUUGGGAGUGGAAUGGAGGAGAACCUGUAACCUACAUAAACUGGAGAAGAGGUUCCUACCACAUUCCAGUGAGAGGGAGAAAUUGUGUAUUUGUGCAGAAGCGAGGAAAAUGGCAAGCAACUGACUGCAAGAAGGUCAAACCAAACAGCUAUAUAUGUUCAAGAAAGUUGUAAUGGAUGGAGGAUGCUUCUGAAAGCAUAUGGACAUUCAUGCUAUAUCAGUAUGUUAACUGUGUUAGAAAACCAUCCUAAUUACCAACAAGGCUUAUUUUACAUGCUGCCAGAGGUGCAGAUGCACUGGCCUCUAAUCAAGGUGUAGAAAGCAGCUGCAAAAAUUAAGUCCAGGUUAAAGUUUUGAAAUCUUCCCAAAGACUUUGAUCUGUCACUUACUCAUAUGUAUUUUUAUACCAAAGAGCUGCAUUUCAAGGCUUUCAUCACACUUCUAUGUAAAAGUAAUUUUUCUUUUACAGAAAGCAUCAUGUCAGUUGAUUUGCUUUGUUCUUAAAAGAGGGGCUGUGAACUGCAGCUUUACCCUGCAAUCAUGAAAAGAGGAAUACUGCUGAGGUUGGAAAUGAGGGUACACGGUUGUCUAAAAACAGAUCUUGCAUAAGAUGGGAGAUGUCAUGUAAGUACUGGAGUUUCUUUGGUGGAUGCCUGAGUAUAUCAUACAGAAGUACCAAUGGCUGGAGACUGCCUGGUGACAGAGCGCUCACAGCAGCAAAGCCUUGUGUUUCUUCUACCUCCCAAGGCCAGCUUCAGAACCCAGGGGAUCUGCCCACACAGAGUUGCAUCUGUUUCACAUUCCUAAGCAAUUUUUUUUUCUGGAACUGCCGGAUGGUGCUGUAAUUUUUAGUGUAAUUAAAUAAUGGGACAUCUCUAAAUCAAAUGUUAUAGCAAGCGAUGAUUUAUUAAAAAAAAAAAGUAAAUUUAAUCCUAGGAUAUUAUCUGGGGAUAUUCACUGAUACAUGAACAUCAAUAGGAUUUAUAUGUGUGUAUAAACCAAUGUAAUCGUGAGACAUAUUUUGUAGUAAAGCAGCUAUGGCUUUUGAAAAGUAUUAAUCUGAGUCCUUAUUAGGGAUUUGAGGCUUUCAAAAAUAAUAUUUAAAAAUCCAGAUUUAUUUCUGAGAAAGGCUUAAAACCCAGAAACUAAUAGGAAAAAAACAGCUGGCCAGAACUUGUUAUUUUAGAUAAAUACAGUUGCACUAUAACCAUUUUGUAAGAUUAUAGUAGAUUUAUAUUUGACCUGUCAAAAGCUUGCUCUUGGACAUUUUUAUUGCCAGCCUCUAAAUAACAAAAAACAACUAAACAAAAAACUCCAAAAAAAUUCAAAUAUGAAAUGAGGAUCCAAGCAUAGACUUCCUUAAAAAAAAAAAUUAAAAAAAUAUAAAACUCCUCUCAAAUGAGCCAGUGUGUGACAGUUGGUUUGGAAGGGAGUAGGGUGAAUUUGCCCUGUACCUAUGAACUCUCAUCCUUCCCAUCUGCCUGCCUGCUGCCAGCAGUUUAUCCCCAUCUUGCUCAUUUAUUCAGCCAGCCUCCAGAUCAAUUUUGCAUCAGAGCUGAAAAACCUCCUUCUCAGGCUCCUCAUAGCAAUUUCUCAGUCCUGCAAGGGACAGACAGAGCAGAAUCACCUUUCCUCUCUGAGCUGAAGGACACUGUUCAGGGGUUAUAUAUUCCUCCUCUUUGCCUCUGUCAUGCAAGGGUUACUCGUCCUUCCUCUUUGCCUGUGACAAGUUAAAUCAAAUGUGAGCAGCUGAACAGUCUUUCUGCAUAGGAAAGAACCUCCCUGAAAGUUCUGUUGGCAAUAAAUAUAAGUGCAUCACAGAAGCAGAGAAAAAAUGUACUGGGGACAGAACCGCCUCACUAUUUUUCUUGCUAUCAACACAUGCAGACAAAAAUAUUUCCAGGAUUUCUCUCUUCUUAUUUUUUUUUUCCUAUUUUUUAAAAUGAUAAUAUUUAUGAAAAGUUUCUAGACAAUUUUGCUGAACAUAAACUCUUUUGUUCAAGGAGUUUUCUAGGUCAACAAAGAUAUUGUCUCCAUUACUACUUGUCUCCAAUCCCAGUACUCUUGAAUAUCUGGUUUUAGACCUGAUUUUAUUUGUGAAAACUUUCAUAGCUGAAAAAAAAAAAGCAUCUGAAAUAAGCACUCUCAAUGUCCCUUAGUGGUGUGUUCUGGAACUCCAGGGAAAAUUGACUGAGAAAUAAAUAUCAACUUUUAUUUCUUUAGGGCCUUUUUUAAAUAAAAGCUGUACAAUUUUUUUGGUGCUAAUUUGAUGAAGCUUAUUGAGAUUAUUCAAAUACCUCUCCCAAUUAUUUAAAAAAUGAAUGAUAUCAAACAGGGGAUUUUGACAAAGGUGCUUGUUACUUGAUCAGUAACUAAUAAAUGACUCAUGCCAUCUGACACAGCAGUGACCUCAGGUUUGCUUUUGUGAGAGCAGGGGAAAUUUUCCCUUUUCCAUACUUCAUUUGAACUACUUUAAAGUGAUUUCAGGGUGUGAAGAUUUAAUUACACAACAGAUUCUUAGUUGUGCUAACUGCAUGAGUUUACUGGUUUAAUUAAAUCAAACACAAUACACUAAUGAAACUAAAAUUCUUAUAUUGCAGAGCAAGUACACAUAGAACAGGAAGGCUGCUGAUUUUUUUUCCAAUACAAUUAACUGUUCCACACAUUUAAUUAAUAAAUUUUAUUUUACCUGUCCUUAAAUAAGUACUUUUUCACAGAUCUUUAUAUCUUUUAUUUUUUAUUAUUAGAAUACUUGAGUUCAAGGAACAAAACAUACUCAAAUCAGGGAAAGCACAAAUAAUUUUUUUCUGUUGACAUAGGAAUUUAUUGCUUCUAGGAAGUUUAGUAAUGAGAGGCCUAUAGUCUGGAGGAGCUUUGGGGAUUUUUUUUCAUCUUCAGCAUUUUGAAUCAGAGUCUGAGUAUAUUCCAGGAAAAAUCAAUAUUUACAGGAUCAGCACCCCCAGGAGUAUUUCAGAAGGCUGAAAAUAAGAAAAAGGAGCAUGUAAAUUCUGGUGCUCACAUAUGGAUGCCACACUUUCAGGAUAAAUAAAGGAUUUCUCUUACCAGAACUAUCCAUAUAUAUCCAUACCCAAGAGCAACAGAACCAAGAUGCUCAGUGAAAAGAACCUAGCAGCUACCUUAGAUUUCUAUACAGGGAUGGGCUGUGUAAGCACUGUGUGUGCUUGUCACUUUUUACCAUUUUCACUCCCUGUGAAACAUCUUUUAAAUAUGUCAGUAUUUCAAACAAAUUUGACAGGAAUGUAGUUAAUUCAAAGCUGAUGGUUAUGAAAAAAGUGGUUAGGCAACAGAUAGCAGAGGCACUUACUAUGAACCAAAAUAUUCUAAAACAUUUGAGUUUUUACUAACUUUAUAUAUAUCAAGUGUUUAGUCUGAAAAAAUACCAGGAAAGUUUUCCAGAUCUUCUUUCUACACUUGGAUACUUUAUUAAAUGUCUUCAAGUCUCUAUUCACUCAAAUGAUAAAAAUAACUUCGAGAGAAUUAUGGAGAAGAUUCAGUGAAUACUGGUGAUUCUGCAUUAUUUACAUCACAAGAUUGGUGCUACUGUAACACUAUAUAUAUUUUCAUGUUUAACCCUGUAAUGUGUGUGUAAUA